GCAGCAGCGGGAUCGGGCAGGAAACAUACAUGCAGCCGCCUCACAGGCAUCGCAUCUCAUCUCCAACUCAGUUCCUCGCCGACGCGCAUGCAUGUAAUCUGGAGAAGGAAUCUGACGCUGGUAAUAAGCCGUGCUGGGCUGGUUCUGAGCCGGUUUUUUUUUCCUUGAUGCACCGGAGGCCCCUAAUAAGCAUCUGACUGCGCUGAACGCGGGUUCGUGCGACCAAGCCUCACUCAUGUUUGUUUGAGACCCACCACGUAAGCACUUUGUGCGACCGCAGCUCGCCCUCGUGAUGUCAAACACUACGUAC